CCCCGCCUCACACAUCUUCAACCGAAUAAAAAGAUGAGCGCAGCGUCUAAAGAAGACAACAUCAUGUCUGUGCUAAAUGAUAAUGUUAUCGGUUUCUCAGGAGUCAAUGGUUCAGACAGCAACAAAACCAUAUGCACAUUACAACCCGAAGACGGCCAUGAAACCAUCUUGCCCUGGCUCUAUCUCUUUUUGGUUCUCGUGGGCCUUCCGACCAAUGGGAUAGUUUUGCAGGAGCUUUGGAGAUCAGAGAGGACACCCACUGUCAUCUUCACUUUAAACCUCGUUGUGUCAGACCUGAUGUCCUGCUGCAGUUUUAUUCUCAGAACAGCGUAUUAUAAAGAGAAUGUGAAAUGGACGUUGGGAUCUUCAGUCUGCAACGCAGUAGAGUUCAUCAUGUUCUCCUGCUUCUACAUUAACCUCUAUUGCAACAUGUGCUUUCUUCUGUGGAUCAGCAUCAAUCGCUAUGCCACUGUGGUCAAACCAGGCUGUGCCAUAUAUGGGAUCUUUAAACAUACGCAGUCUUGUUGGAUCAUUUGCUUUUUGACCUGGUUGGUUAUAAUCAUAAUUGUCAGUGCUUGCAUGCUGGCUAAACUACAUAUCACAAAUAACCUUCCAAUGACAAACGGUACGUGCUUUGACCAGGUUGUCAACUUUUCCGAUCUAUCCACGCAAACAUUUAAAACAGUCCACUGCCUAGGUGUUGCAGGAUUCUUUUUUAUUUUGUGCCUGAUGUUGGUCAUUUAUAGCCUGCUGGUCUUUCACCUGCAGCAGGUGAGGGGAGGAAGUCUGAUCAGUGCUGGAUUUGGGCCCGGGGGUGGUCUGAAGGUUCGAAGGAAGAUUUUUGCUUCUGUCGUAUUGUUUGUGCUUUGCUUUUUACCAUAUCACGUACAGAGGAUUAUUCUUAUAAGUUCCGAUGGUAGAAACUGUCAAACGCAGUUUAAGAUUAAAACGGGCACCAUUUUUGUAGCAGCUCUCAGCUGCUGCCUGCAACCUGUCCUGCAACUGAUGUUGCGUUUACGCUGUUGUCGAGCCGAGCGCAAUGCCAGGGCCAAACCCAAACCUGAUAUCUCCAAAAGUUUGGAAACACCUCAAAUAAACACUGUAAAUCUAUCAGAACACAUUGAUGAAGGCAAAACUGAAAAUCUGAGGAACAAAGAGAGACAAUUAAGCAACCAAUCGACACAAUGAGGAAAAAUAUUUUUUUCUAUGCAAUGACUAUUUAGUUGAAAUUCAAAUGAACAGGCGCAAGCAACAAAUUGCUAACUCAUCUUCCUGCUGAACUCGGAUGAUCAAAAAAUAACAACAUAACCUUCUUGUGCCACUGUUGGUCAGUGGAUAAAUGCAUGAAUCAAAAAACCAAAUAUGCUUGCUGAUCUGUUGGUAAUGUUUUCAGCCUUGAUACCAUACAUUAGCUAUGUUUACAUGCAACCAAAUAAUCAGUUUGUAAUCGGAUUAAUGGCUCAAUCGGAUUGAAAAGCCUUCAUUUAAACACCUUAAUCCAUACGAUUAAAGGCGGAGUCCACGAUGUUUGAAAAACGCUUUGGAAAAGGAGACGGGCCGACUACCAAAACACACUUAUAGCCAAUCAGCAGUAAGGAGUGUGUCUACUAACCGACAUCCUUGCCGGGUUGCGUAUGUGUGGGACGGGUCUAUCAACAGAAGGUCCAGAUUCUAUUGGGGUAGGGGCGUGUUUGUUUAGGUGAUUUCAAAUAUCAACAUUGCCUUUCAAACAUCGUGGACUCCGCCUUUAAGGAUGCAAAUUUCUAUUGUAUUGAAAGGGGUGGUGUAGUCCAAUCUGUGAUCCGAUCAUCAGGAGAAAAGUACGCAUGUAAACGCAUGAAUCUUAUUAUUUUCUCAAUCGGAUGCAAAAAUACCUUGUGCACAUGUGCAGAAGAAUUGACCUAUGGCUAAGCCACGCCCCCUCCACUCACUCGGACUAACAAUCAACAUUCGGUGAUAGGCGCUAUGAGGGCUGUCACAGUAGGAGACAUUUCACAGGAGGCAAUUGAUGAUUUUUGAAGACAGAAAGACUAUAUGUCAUCUCGAAGUCACCAAAAGGGCCUUAACUAUGCAUAGGAGGGUUAUAUUAAUAAUUUUAUUGUGGGGAAGGUCGAUGAAAAGCUUCAGCUCCAGGCAAAAAUGUACAGGUCACAGUGUAAACGUGAUAAACCGCACCUCGUUGCCAUCAUGAUCAAAUUAAAUAUGUACAGGUCUAAGUUGUAUACGUUUCCAGGAGAAGCCUUUUUACCUUCUUUACCAAGAGUACCUCUCCGUUAGUUUGGUGCAACAUGAAUUAACAUGAAUCAUUCAGCACAACAUUGCUAUUACAAAUAACAUUUGUUAUCUCGAUUAUUUACAGAUACGUUAAUGAAGCUAAGUGACAUGAUGUACAACGCAGUUAGAAGUUAACUUUAACGUUUUUUCUUAUGUUAGGCUAACGUUACACUCUUAAAACGAAUGUGUUAAAUUAACACAUCUUGUGUCUAGUUAAGGACAACACAUCUAGUUUGUUAUUUUUAGAACAACACACUUUGUGUUGUUUUAACACAUCUUGUGUUGUCCCUUUUAUUUAUAUAAACUCAAAAUCAACAGUGUACACUGGUCAGACGUGUUUUUAGCUUUAAAAUAACUUUUUAACUUUCUAUUAAUUUUAUACUGUAUAUGAUCAGUUUGUAUAGCAUGUUGAGCGGCAGAAAAAUGACAGACAUUGUGUGCAGGACAGAUUCACUAAUAACCUCAAUGACAAACACAAAGAACUAACAUAGUCUUUUAAGGAAGUCGCAUUACUGCGCCGCCAUGCUUGCAAAAUACGUGCCUGCU